UUUUCAGCAGCAGACGCUCCACCCCAAAGCCUGCAGAAGGGAUUUUGUGAAGAGGGUCCAGAACCCGUCUACAGAGGACCCCCAGCCAGAGCGGAAAGCUCCUGAGCCAGCUCCCUUGGGUAACGGAGCCAAGCCCCUCUGAAGGCUAAGUGGAUCCCUGCUCCCCCAGAUGGACUCCCAGAGGCCUGAGCCCAGAGAGGAGGAGGAACAGGAACUGCGGUGGAUGGAGCUGGACUCCGAAGAGGCCCUGGGAACCAGGACAGAGGGGCCUAGUGUCUUCCAGGGCUGGGGGCACCUGCUCCAGGCCGUGUGGAGGGGCCCUGCAGGCCUGGUGAUGCAGCUGCUGCGGCAAGGGGCCAGCGUGGAGGACAGGGACCACGCGGGCCGGACCCCGCUCCACUUGGCCGUGCUGCGGGGCCACGCGCCCCUGGUGCGUCUCCUGCUGCAGCGAGGGGCCCCGGUGGGCGCGGUGGACCGGGCGGGGCGCACCGCGCUGCACGAGGCCGCCUGGCACGGGCACUCGCGGGUGGCCGAGCUGCUGCUGCAGCGCGGGGCCUCGGCAGCGGCGCGCUCCGGGACGGGGCUCACGCCGCUGCACUGGGCCGCUGCCCUGGGCCACACGCUGCUGGCCGCGCGCCUGCUGGAGGCUCCGGGCCCGGGACCCGCGGCGGCGGAGGCGGAGGACGCGCGCGGCUGGACGGCGGCGCACUGGGCGGCCGCGGGCGGGCGGCUGGCGGUGCUGGAGCUGCUGGCGGCCGGCGGCGCGGGCCUGGACGGCGCCCUGCUCGUGGCUGCCGCUGCGGGGCGCGGGGCGGCGCUGCGCUUCCUCCUGGCGAGCGGGGCGCGGGUGGACGCCCGGGAUGGCGCAGGCGCCACAGCGCUGGGUCUGGCGGCCGCCCUAGGCCGCUCCCAGGACAUUGAGGUGCUGCUGGGCCACGGGGCAGACCCAGGCAUUAGGGACAGGCAUGGCCGCUCCGCGCUGCACAGGGCUGCUGCUGGGGGACACCUGCCCACCGUCCAGCUGCUGGUCACCCAGGGGGCUAAGGUGGAUGCGCAGGACACCCUGGGCCUCACACCCCUGCACCACGCCUCUCGGGAAGGCCACGUGGAGGUUGCCCGCUGCCUCCUGGACAGGGGUGCCCAGGUGGAUGCUACCGGCUGGCUCCGAAAGACCCCCCUACACCUGGCUGCAGAGCGAGGGCAUGGCCCUACCGUGGGGCUUCUGCUGAGCCGAGGGGCCAGCCCCACCCUGCGGACGCAGUGGGCCAAGGUGGCCCAGAUGCCUGAGGGGCACCUGCCCCAGGCGCUGCCUGAACUUGGAGGGGGGCAGAAGGAGUGUGAGGGCACAGAGCCCACGGGCUGAGCCAGACAGCAGGCUCCAGGCUCCACCGCCCCAGCCAUUUCCAGGCUCUCUGGCUGAGGCUGCCUGCCUAGAGGGGACAUCAGGGGAGAGGCUUCUGGAGGAGAGGGUGGGAGAAAGUGGGGGAUGUGGCUUGAGCCGCAGUCACAGGCCUUAGCUGGACCAGGGAUGGCCCUCAGCUCCCAGGAGGGCCCACUGACCCUGCAGCUCCAGCCUUCUCCCCACUCUAGCAAAGAAUGAGCUGUGGCAAUGAGGGAAGAGAGAGACCCUCUCAUAUUGUUUUAUACUCAGUACCUGUUUUAAGAAAAAACAACAAGGAAGUAAAACCAAAGACAGGCAGCCCAGCGCCAGGCCUGAAACCAGGCCUAGGCCUGCCUGGCCUAAACCCAGUAGUUAAAAAUCAACUCAAGUUAGAAACCGCUGUUAUUCAUAUUUUCCAGACAUUGUAUAGAAGAACAUUGUGAAACUCCCUGCCCUGUUCUGUUGCUCUCUGACCACCAGUGCAUGCAGCCCGUCAUGUACCACCUGCUUGCUCAAAUCAAUCAUGACCCUUUCAUGUGAAAUCUUUAGUGUUGUGAGCCCUUAAAAGGACAGAAAUUGUGCACUCGGGGAGCUCGGAUUUUAAGGCAGUAGCUUGCCGAUGCUCCCAGCUGAAUAAAGCCCUUCCUUCUACAA